AGCUUUUUCUUUAACAAAAGAAAAUAAUUUCAUGGUGGGUCCAAAUCAUAGAGGAAAACAGUAUACCUAAAGAUGUCGUAACGGUUCUCGGCGUUGAUUGAUGACUGAUCAUUGACUUAUGACCGUUGAUUCUAUCUUGAGUGGGCCAACAAUGUUACACAGCAAGUAAACCCAGCAUGCGGUUUUCUUUCCCUAUAUUUCUUCCAUAGACAAAAAUGGAGCAAUUUCCGUGUCUCGUGAUUCCAUAGACGAAACGGAAGGACUGUGUGUCCCUUCUUCGUUGCCUCUCUGUCACUUCCUUUCUUUGCAUCAGUUUCCUUUCUCAUCCAUCACUAAUAAACAAACCCAUAAAUUUAUUCUUCUUCUUCUUUGUUUCGAAGUGUUGGACCCAAAAAAUGCAUGCAAAAACUGAUUCAGAAGGAACGAGUAUUGAUGCGUCAUGGCCACCAAGGUCACCACGAAGGCCUGUAUACUAUGUGCAGAGCCCUUCGAAUCAUGACGUUGAGAAGAUGUCUUAUGGGUCAAGCCCCACGGCUUCACCAACCCACCAUUAUUACCAUUGCUCCCCUAUUCACCAUUCCAGGGAGUCUUCUACGUCAAGGUUCUCGGCUUCUCUUAAAAACCCAAGGAGUCUUGCUGCUUGGAAGCAUGUUCGGAUUGGUCAUGGCGAUGAUGACGACGACGACGACGAUGAUGAAUUGGAAGGUCGUGAUGGACGCAAGGCUAAUAACGUCAGGCUUUAUCUUUGCCUGGUCUUCUUGUUUUUCGUGCUGUUUACGGUCUUUUCUUUAAUCUUGUGGGGUGCUAGCAGGAGUUAUAAGCCUGAAAUCUUCGUCAAGCACAUAGUCUUCGAGAACUUCCAUUAUCAGGCAGGAAAUGAUCAAUCAGGGGUGCCAACAGAUAUGCUUUCACUAAAUUCAACGGUCAAGAUUUCUUACAGAAAUCCAGCUACUUUCUUUGCCGUCCAUGUCACCUCUACCCCUUGGGAGCUUCACUAUUUCCAGCUCAAAAUUGCCUCUGGACAGAUGAAGAAGUUCACUCAAUCAAGAAAGAGUCAGCGGAAAGUGGUGACGAUUGUGCAAGGGCAUCAAGUUCCAUUAUAUGGUGGAAUACCAGUUCUUGUGAACACUAGAGAGCACCUGGACAGUGUAACAGUUCCUCUGAACCUGACAUUUAUGAUGAGGUCAAGGGCUUAUAUUUUGGGCAGACUGGUAAAGACCAAGUUUUAUGGGAAAUUCAGAUGCUCUGUCACUCUCAGAGGAGACAAACUUGGGAAGCCCCUUAAUUUGACAGAUUCAUGUAUAAAUCAGUGAAUUCUCGCUUUUUCUGUAUUAUGUAUCUGACACGGUGAAGCUCUGAAUAAAUAGAUCCUACUCUUGUGCAAUUUAAAUUUUCGAUGUCUCUAAAGAUUGAAAACAAGUUGAAUUUGUUUCAUGUCUGGUUAAAUUUGAUUUCUUAGGCUCCUCUUUUUGUGGUUUUUUCCAUGUAUCUUGUACUGAUUGGUUAGAUUUUCUUCUGUAUAUGGUGGAUAAACAUGAAAGCUGUUUUUGUUUAGCUUUUAUCUGCUACUUGAUCCUUGUGUGUCCUGUGAUAAAGAGAUUUCUGUUAGAAUUUUUUAUGGUAGGGAAGUGAAGCCUAUGCCUGUAGAAAAGUAUCUUUUCUACAUGCAAUUCUGAGCUUUGAAUUAAUGUUAGAUGACACUUAACUACAGAAUGUAGUUGUAAGUAAAGACAAAAAAAAAUUUCUGGAUUAUGGCCAAAUGACUGAUGCAAUGACAGAAAAACCAUAGACUCCCAAGGUAGGGAGCUCAAGAACACAAUGCAAGAACUAAGACA